AUCUAAAAAAAGCUCUCCACCCAACGCCAUACUCACUGAGUGGAAGUGAACACACUUGGUGUGGAGCUGAGCAGCCUGUUGCAUGUCAUGGCUGUGUUCUGCCGGAUACUUCUCCUGUUAUCUGUGGCGGCGGCCUCUGCGGCGACAAGCAAGACCCAGCGGACAAGGCGAGGGUUACUGGAGUUGGCGGGAGCCAUCAGAUGCAGCACAGGGAGAUCUGCCUUAGCGUACAUGGUGUACGGAUGCUACUGUGGACUGGGAGGUGAAGGCUGGCCCAGAGACAGGGCAGACUGGUGUUGCCACAGACAUGAUUGCUGUUACGGAGAUGCAGAGCUUCUGGGCUGCCAUACCAAAACCGACCGGUAUCAGUGGACGUGUGAGGACAGGAAGGCUGAGUGUGAUGAUUUGGAGGACAAAUGUGAAAAGCUGCUGUGCAAGUGUGACAAAAACGCUGCCAAAUGUUUGAGAAAAGCACCGUUCAUCAGAAAAUAUGCCUUAUGGCCAGAUUUCCUCUGUGGUCACGAACAUCCAAUGUGUAGUAUUUACUGACACAAUAAAUGCAUGUCCUGUGUGCCUUUUGUAAAUAUAGAACGUGUUACAGUAAUGAUGGCAUAAAUACUUUGGUAUUGUUUUUUUUUUUAUUUUUUACUGUUAUCAGGAUCUUUUAAUAAAAUUGUGAAAACACAUUA